AUCUUCACGGCGCGCAUGUGCGCCGCCUCGGCCGGGAGCACGGGGUGUCCCCGCCGCCCCGCCCACAGGGCCGCCGUCGCACUGCCCCUUGGGACAUGGAGUUCUCCACCGGCGAGGUCGGGCGUACGGCCUGCAGAAAACCACAGCUCCCGGGAUGCAGCGCGGCGCGGUCUGGCUCGGCUGCGCUUCCGAACGCGGAAACGAGGAGGCGGUGUGGAAGCGCUGACAGGACUGGGCGUGCUCCCGACUGGCGCCAUGGCGGCGCUCGGCGCCUACCGCUGUAUCGAGUGCAACGGGGAGGCGACGGAGCUGUACCGGGACUACCAGCGCGGGGUGCUCCGCAUCUCCAUCUGCAAAUCCUGCCAGAAACCUGUGGAUAAAUACAUUGAGUAUGAUCCUGUUAUCAUCUUGAUUAAUGCUGUUUUAUGCAAAGCACAAGCAUACAGGCAUAUUCUUUUCAACACAAAGAUAAAUAUUCAUGGGAAGCUCUGCGUAUUUUGUUUGCUCUGUGAAGCUUAUAUCAGGUGGUUGCAACUACAGGAUUCAAGCCAAAAUACAGAUCCUGAUGACUUAAUCAGAUAUGCCAAAGAAUGGGAUUUUUAUAGAAUGUUUGGCAUAGCUUCUUUAGAACAAAUUUCAUUUUUUAUUGGCAUUUUUAUUACCUUGUGGUGGAUGACACCUGAGAUGCUGAAAAGAAAGUCUGACUUCAUCUUGCUUCUCAAAGCACUGCUGUUGUCCACCUAUGGAAAGCUCCUGCUAAUUCCAGCUGUUAUUUGGGAGCAUGACUACACGCCUUUGUGCCUUGCAUUUAUAAAAGUGUUUGUCUUGAUAUCAAACUCUCAGGCAAUUAGAGUUACAUUGAACUUGAACCGAAUUCUCCCUUGGUUUGCCAUCUUCUUUGGAUUAAUUUUGGAAAAUGGUGUGGUCUGCUUGUUCCAGAAAAUGGAAUGGGAUGUUUGAAAUGUCAGCCCAGUGAAGAAAUACCAAAAACAAGAUGAUAGUUUUCUAAGAAUGAUCUCUGCCAGCAGGCUUCAAAAGCACUCUUUUCAUAGAGAUAAAGAAGGUGAUAGAUAACAAAAAAAAUUAGAAGUUUGGCUGUUUACUGUGCUGAGCCAUAAAACUUCAGCCUUAGGUUGUUUAUUUUCCCAUUAAAAAUAUUAAUGUCUCACUAUCCUAACAGUUUUAUAAAUCUGGCUGCGUCACUGUGGCUGUAAGAAGAAAGGUACACUAAAAAAACCCAGCUCUGCUACCAGUCAGUGCAUUUUGGCAGAGAGGAGGAUGAAUUGUUCCCUUAAGAGGAAGGGAGUCAGUGGAAAAAUGUAAAAGCCAAAAUUUAUAUUUCCGCAAAACCAGAUUUUCAAAGAGAAAAGUGAUCAUUUGCAAAUAGUUUAUUAGAGAAAAGGCAAGUAUUCCAGAGUGAAACUACAGUGGGAAAACCAAGCUGCAUUCUCUGGAAUGUUUGUAUAACAAUCCAAAAUAAUAAAAUAUCUAAUUCUAGAGUAAUCUCUAGGAAUGAUAGUUUUUAACUGGCUUGAAAUUUUAGGUGAUCUCAUAGAUCUCAUAAAUGCUGCUUUGUUCUGAAAGCUGAAGAGAGAGUGAAAGGACUGACCCCCAAUAUGCUGGGCUGUUUGGGAUACUGCUUCUUCUGCAUUUAAAUCACAUCCCCCACACCCAGUCUUCAUCUGGCUGCACAUUUAGUGGAAGAAAAAAUUGAAACAUGAGGCCAUUCAGCAACAGAGUAGUAGUUUAAAAAUAAACAAACAAACAAAAUUGUUUAGGCCUAAAUUAAUGAAGAAACAUGUAUAGAAGUUCUGCACCUUCUUCCUCAGCAGGCAAAAGGAGAGCUAAGUGGCCCACAAAGGAACUGACAGAAUUAGUUUCCACAAGACAGUAAAAAGGGCACAAACCCACUUUUGUGCAGACCAGUUUCCAUUCAUUCCAUCCAGUAUUUAACUCUCCUGCUUGAGUUCUGGAAGGCUGUACUGUCCAUAGGGAUUACUUCUAUUCUUUGUUUUCUUCAGAUGCUGUCUCAUGUCUGUGUUUUCCAGAAUGAAUCAAAAAACAUUUUGCAACAUCUUCAAGUUAAUUCCCAACAGGUUUAGAGUAAGUCUAGAUUAUGACCACAAAAGACAUCAAACAUGUUUGUCUGAUGGAACUGCCCAUGCUAGGCAAGUUACUUGAUCAGAAAAGAAAAUGAUUGCUGAUUCUCUUUUAUUAAAUCAAAGGCUCACAGCACUUUUGUUGUUUGUGUAACACUUCACAACUUCCUGAGCAUGUCAGAGAAAGCAAGAAACCCCAACUGCAACAUUUUUAAGUAUGUGAGACUCUUAAUUUGAUUGGUAAUUAAUUAAUUUCCCCAGGUUGAGUCUGUUUUGUCCAUGACAGUAACUGGUGACUAAACUCUCCCCAUCCUUAUCCCAACGCAUGAGCCCUUCCUUCUGUUUUCUCUCCAUUGCCUAGCUGGGGAGUGACAGAGCAGCUUGGUGAGCAUCUGACAUCCAGACUGGCACUGGCAGUGGUUUCAGUCUAGAGGCUGAGUGGAGCCCAUUUCAGUGUAACUAAUGCAGGUUAUUAUAUGUAAACAUGAUGUUGUCAGCAGCAAAAUUGUAAAUACAAUAUAUAUAAAUUUGAUUUGAGGACAGUCUUCUUAAAUUAAACUUGAUUUUGAAGUUGUAAAAACUGAUUUCAGGUAUUUUCUGAGGUUUUUUUCAGAACACCUAGAAUGGACACGAACACAUUGCAAGAAGCAGUGUUUACCUCUCAUGUCACAUACACUGAUAAUGUAUCAGUUAUGCACUCUGUAGUGCUGCCAGGAGCCACCACUGCACUUACACAACUUAGAAGCAAGAGAAGACAAUUAAAAGCUACAGAGCUGUGGAACAAAAGCAGGUGUGGUACAGGUUCUCAGUCUUCAGAGCGUCAUUAGUAAUGUAGAGCAUUCAGCACUCUUUGGUGUUAAAGUUACUCCUGUACUGAAACUAAAAUGACAAAUACACUAAUAUUUCAUAAAUCUAGGGGGAGCUUAAGGACACCCACUGCAGGGGAGGGUGGAGCAGAUGAGUGCCUUUUUUAUGUUUUUGAAAGCAUAUAGUGUUUCAGAGAAAACCAAGAAUAUUUUAAGGUUCUGUCUGUUUAAAACAGUCACAUCUCUCUUGCUUUUAGUCUUUUUUGUCUUUCGAACUUAUCUUUUUUCCAUAAACUUUUUGUAAUCAAACAGUUACCUCUGCUGGAAGAUGGAUGGCAAAUAGCCCUUUCUAUGUAUCAUAAUCUGUUUCAUUAAGUUAUAGGAGAGGAUUUAUUUGAGUUAAAAAACCAGCACCCUGGAAGUGAACCUACAGAAACUCCUUUGAGUUUUGCUUGGAAUCAGAAGGAGUAUUGUGGCCUAUGGAGCAAAUUCAGAACUGUGUCGCAUGAAAUGCACAGAAAAACCAGGGGUAUUAUUGAGACUUGGAUUGAGCAAGGGCUCAGUGAUUGCGCAGUGGGAGCUGGCAACUCCUGUGGGUCCAUAGGCCAUGUAGCAAGUAUUUAGAAAUUAGCAUAUGCAAAAUUGCAAAAUUACAGUAAAAGCUAAGGAGGGUUAAAAGAGAUCUAGAAGUCUAGCAGACUCCUACAAAAUUAAGAUGGCAGAAAAAACUAAGGAGAUAGCAUCUCAAGAAAAAUAUGUAAGAAAAUAUGCAGUAUAGAUGUUUGAGUGUAUCAUUAAGGAAAUAUAAAAACAUCCUACUACCAAGUUUACAAAUGAUGAACAUGAAAGAAGAGUAGUAUUUAUUGCAGACAUUUUUGUAAUAGUUUAAGUGACAACACAACGUAGCAUAGUCUUCCAAGCAGUAAAGUCUAUGGGUUUCCCUAGAAAAGAUACCAGUAACCUCAUUACUUCAAUGGCUUGCACUACAGCCUUGAAAAUACACUUUUAUAAGGCAGAAUUAGCAAUUGUACAGUGAUAGAAUUAGUCACUGAACAGGAAGAGCUGUGCAACAGCAGAGCUCUUCAUUCUGCAUUAGUGCGUGCUGCGUUAGGCUUUGCUGGUGCAAGGGCUACCACCCUUGUGCCCUCCUGCACAUACAGACAAGGGAACCCUUUCUUCCACACAAGUCCUGUCUCAGAGGCAGAUAAGCUGCCUUUUGUUACCCCAGUCUUCACCAAACUGAAAGUAAAGCAGGACAUCUGUACUGGGAAACUAUUAGCUGAUUUCUCAUAAAACAAGCAGGCCCUUGUUUCUCAGGGGCUUGCCUGCUUUUGCAUUCCUUGAGCACUCCCCAGCUGAGUGGUGUUAAGCACUGCAGUGCCAGCCUGGAGUUGAUGAGGAAACCACUGUUGAUUUCAAAACUGGAAGGAACAUACAUACAUAUGUGUUCUUUGAUUUUUUUUUUUUUUAAUCACAAAUCCAAGAUUUUAAAAAUGAACAUCCAUCUUGAGUUUGGAGAAACGUGAGAAUGAAAUUUGUGAUGAAAAACAGAUCACAAAAUAUUUGUUUUGGUGACUUGGUAUCAAGGUCAAUUCAAGGUACAACCACAAAAGCUAUAAAAUUCAAAUUAUUUCAGGAUAACAUCUCUAAAAAACCUAAAUUGUCCCACAAGCUGGGAUUAUUCUGAAUCUUGUUGAGCUCUGCAAAAAUUCAUGUGGCAAGAGAGAGAAUGAAUGCAUUCCUCCACUGCUAAAAUCAAUAGGAUUUUUCUUUAUGAAUUAAUUUGAAACUCAGGUUUCUGCAGUUAAAAUUUGCAGGAAGGUGUAUAUAACAAGAUUCCCAUUUUCUCUCCUGCCUCUUAGCUGUUCUGACCUUCUUAGUCUUUCCAGUAAUGCUUACUGUAUUACUGAGGUGGCAAGAAACAAGAUAUGAACAUAAGGAGCUUCAUAAAACCUUGAUCUGCUGUCCUCAAUUUGUAGAGCUUUUUUUGAGCUCUGUGUAGACAAAUGAGAAGUCUGCAAAGCAACUAGGGAAUACUGCUAAUGAUGUUUUAAUUGCUUUUCAUUAGAAUAAUAGAUAUUAUUUGGGUUUGUUUGGGUUUUUUAUCCUGGUUCAAAAUGUGGUUUAAAUUCCUUUACAUAGAAGCAUAAGAGUGUGAACUUAAGAGGUUUUACAUGUACUGGCUGCUGCUGAAAUAAAUCCAGAUGAUCCCCUUGA